CACCUCCAGAGAUAGAGUGUAAUUACGAAAAAACUCAUUUUCGGUAAAUUGCAUUCAACCCCCUGCAAUUAUAUUUUUUUACACCCACCCUCUACAAACGAGUGUUAAUGUAAGAAAUCUACAGCUUGCAAGGGUUGGAUGUAAUUAUGGAAAAUUAGGGAUUUUUUCGUAAAUAAACCUUGCCUCAGGGGGUUUAUCGUAAUUAUGGAACUCGGACCAUUUGUAUAACAAAACAAAAUUUGUUUACAUAUUUUCAUCCGAUAAAGUUCCGGUCGAACUUCGAGUUCGAUUGGGAAAAAAACCAAUAAAUUGUACAUAUAAAAGAUCAAGUUAAUCGAGCUUUGUUCUUGUUCCCUUGAAUAUAAGAUCGUUCGAGAUCCGACCACUAGAUUGUCAAUCAAACUUUUAAAUUUCGAUAAAUAAUCAAAUAAACUGAACAGUUAUGGAUUUGACUCGACUCGAUUCUUCUACGUAUCUAGUACCGCUUAUUAAAUCAAAUUUAAAAAAAAAUCAAAUUAUUCGAGUUAUUUAUGUUCGGAUUGAUAAAACUUAAAAGUCGGAUCGAGCUCGGUUUGAUUUUUAUUUACAAAUUUACAACUAAGGUAGGUUGAGAUGCCACUGAUCUUAAAUGCCACAAUAACUAUGUAGUAAUCUGCAGAAGAAAGAAACGAACCUAAAACCCCUUAAAACCAUGGAAAUAAAUGUAAAAUGGACAAAAAACCAUGCAAAAACGCCAGCUUUUUCAUCGACACGAUUUGUUUAUAUUUAUUUUUCGACCGAAAAAAACGCCUAUAAAAUCCCACUAAAUUAUUCUUUUCUAUAAUAAUUUGCAAGAAAAUCAUCAAAACCAUGAAAGCUGUGAACCAUGGUUUCUGGUUCUUGAUGAUAAUGCUGUCUGGUUUUUUAGCAGAGAAUAAGAAUAAUAAUGUAUUGGUUGAAGGUCAUCAUGCAUUUUGUGAUCCAUUCCAUAAGCUUUGUUUUAGCUUCAAUUGGCCCCACCACCACCACUUUCACCACCCAUUGCCGCCGCUUCAUCACAAGCCUCCUCCGGUGAGCAGCACUCCUGUCCCGGAACCACCACCGGCGGAACAUCCACCAUCUCCGCCGGUUUAUGGGCCAAAACCACCAACUCCGGUCCACCAACCACCGGAAGUUACUCCACCGCCAUCUCCUCCGGUUUAUGGGCCAAAACCACCAACUCCGGUCCACCAACCACCGGAAGUUACUCCACCGCCAUCUCCUCCGGUUUACGGGCCGAAACCACCAACUCCGGUACAUCAACCACCGGAAGUUACUCCACCGCCAUCUCCGCCGGUUUAUGGACCACAACCACCAACUCCGGUUCAUCAACCACCAGAAGUUAAUCCACCACCACCAAUCACCGAAAAACCGCCUACUAAUCCGCCAUUAGUACCCAAACCCCCCAUCGGCGGUCAUCAUCACCACCAUCAUCCCGGCCACCAACACCACCAUCAUUUUCCAAGAAAGCAACCACCGCCAAUUCCAAUUUGCCAACCAUCUCCUACAACACCACCACCAUCACCUCCGAUUUAUAACCCUUCACCACCAUCGGUUCCAACUUAUACUCCUUCACCAAACCCGCCUCCCGUUUCAGGACCGCCGUCCGUUCCAGAAUACGGCUAUCCACCACCAUCACCACCAUAUCCAUGACCUACUAUCAUCUCGUUUUUAGUCGUUGACUAAUGAGAGUGCAUCUGACAGUAGCGGUUUGACUUCCGAAAUCAUAAGCUUGUUAUCGAUGUAUGUAUGCUCUGCAUAAGUUUGUCUUCUCUUGUGAAAUUAGACUUCAAUAAAUAUGAGAUUAGUGUGUUUAAUUUUUCCUAUUUACCUAUAUA